AGAGCGGCCCAGCGGAAAAAGGAAGGGUCCCUUGUCGCCCCCGGUGUGUCCGGGGCGAAGGCAGGGUCCCAAGAGCCGACGACCGACGGCGGGACACUGGGUCACGGGCGCCCACACACGCCUCUCCUUUCUCCUCAGACGAAAAGCUCGACAGCCGAUUCACGCUCUCGCCCCAAACGCCCCUCGGCGCCGCGGCUUUCCAGACCGAGGGGCGGGACCUGAGUCCGCGAGCCAGCGCGUGCGCGCCCUGCCCCGCCGUCAGCCCGUCCCAGGAGGCCCCGCGCGCCGGUUUCCAUGGCGACGCGCGCACGGCCCCAGCCUGUCAGGUUGGCGCCCGCACUUCGGCAGCGCGGAGCAGGUUUUUUGAAAUAUGUUCUUUCUUUAAAAAGAGACCAAAACAUGUCAAAAAGACUAUUCUGAAAAUCUCAUAAAUACUACAGUAUGAAGAACCCUCCGCCCAGAUCAUAUAUUUGAUCUUCAGACAUCUUAGGGAAGUUUGAUAAAGUACAAUAGGAGAAUUGAGAGUAUUCAAAGGAAAAAAGAAUCCUUUUAAAGACCCCAGGAGAUGGAUUCAUUUGUUUCAAUCUGCUAUUGAGGUUGUCUACCAUGUCUUUGACUGAUACAACAAAACCAAAUAUAGAUGAGCAUUUCCCCAUUGUGGCAUUGGAAAACAGUCAGAAGUCUGCAGAGUGUCAGAGAAGCCCAGACACUGGUGAAGAUCCCACUUCUGAUAAGAGUGUUGAUUAUAGCAGAUCUCAGUGUUCCUACAGAAGUUUAAGUUCUCAGAAUGAUUAUUCAGAGGACUUUCUCUCUGAAUUCUCAGAAAGAGUUAUUAAUAGAAAUUAUUUAGAGCAACCUGUGGUAAAAGAAAAGGAGGAGGAGACAAAAAAAUACAAUGUUUCCAGAAUCUCCCAACCUAAAGGCAAUAAGGAAAUUGCAGCUGAAAAAAAGCACAACUGGAAUGCAUCAUUCUUUAAUUCUCAAAUCAAUAUGAUUACCCAAAGAAGAGAUGCUAUGGCUCAUCGCAUAAUGUCAGCAAGGCUUCAUAAAAUCAAAGAACUAAAAAAUGAAUUAGCUGAUAUACGUCGAAAAUUGGAAGCCACCAUCAUAGAAAACCAGUUUUUGAAACAACUUCAGUUUAGACACUUGAAAGCGAUAGGAAAAUAUGAGAAUUCACAAAAUAAUCUCCCACAAAUAAUGGUUAAACAUCAGAAUGAAGUAAAAAAUGUAAGGCAGCUACUUAGGAAAUCCCAGGAAAAGGAAAGAGCUGUGUCUAGGAAACUUAGAGAGGCCGACAGUGAGUUGUUGAGGACUAAAGAUGCCUUACAGGCACUGCAGAAACUUUCUGAAGACAAAAAUCUUGCAGAGAGGGAAGAACUUACACAAAGAUUGUCUAUUCUUAUGACAAAAAUGGAGGCAAAUGACAAAAGAAUACAGAGCUUGGAAAAACAACUGAGGAUGAACAGUAAAGCCUUUAGUCGGCAGUUGGCGAUUGAGAAUCGGAAGACAUUAGCAGCUCAGUCAGCUACAAAGGCUCUGCAAAUGGAAGUAAAACACCUUCAACAACAACUUAAGGAGAAAGAUCGGGAGCUCGAAAUUAAAAACAUCUAUACUAAUCGAAUACUUAAGAAUCUACAUGACAAAGAUGAUUAUCCAAAAGUUUCUUCAACAAAAUCAGUACAAGCAGACAGGAAAAGUUUUCCAUUUAUGAGUUUGAGACACCAGGAAACCCAAAAAUCGCAAGACAUUCCAUCUUUGAUAACCAAGGUUAAAAAGACAACAAGAAUCAUUGGUCAUAAAGAAAAAUCAACUGACAUAAACAGUGUAAUUCCUCACUGUAUCAGUAAACCACCAAACCAAGAAGACUCUAAGAGAAAACAUGAAGAUUUAUCGAAGGAAGAGGAACAUCUUGAAUUACAAACUCUUCUGGAGAAUACUGGAAGACAACGAGAGAAAAAAGAAGAUCAAGGAAAGAAAAUCACUUUAAUGAAAGAACAAGAACUGCCAUCAAAAAGAAUACAAGCAGUGCAUCCUGAAAAGGAAAGCGAGCCAGAAGGAGAUAUGGAGAAAGAAAAGUGUAAACCAAGUAUACAAAUCAAUGAUACGGAUGAGAUGCAAGACAAAUCCACUGUUCCAAAUAUCAAAAUACCGUUCAGACAAAGAAAACGUUAUUCCUUCACAGAAGCGAUUGAAAACUUGCAUCACGGGCUCCCCAGCUCGGGAGGAGCAGCCCACGCCGCCGCCGCGAGGGGCCAGCCCGGGCCGGGGAAGCCGCGCCCCGAGCGCCCGGAGCGCGGGUACGAACCCUCCUUUGCUAAGUCUUCCAGAACGAGGGACAGAGGGACAAGCUUCCGAGAAAAGAAAAGCAGUCUGAUGGAGGAACUCUUUGGAUCAGGCUGUGUGUUGAAAAACGACCAAACAAGUUCUGUUGUUAAUCCAGGGCCUGAGGGGAGACUGAAAGGCGAGGGGACGCCCCAGCUCCCGCCCGGCCAGGCCUCUGCCAACAGUGCUUUCGGGGACGCCACAGUGACCCUGGCAAAGUCUGUUAAGUCACCUUCACCCACAGAAGGCAAAAGAAAAAUAAUUAUUUAAGUAUAAUCAAUAUCUUAAUACAUUCUGGUUUGAUACACAGGUUCCUGUGUGCUUUUUAUCUUACAAUUGUAAUGUGUGUGUGUAUGUGUGUGUUUUCAGUGCUUAAAUUAAUUUUGGAUAAUUCAGGUUUUGUUUUAUUGCCAAUCUAAUAAAAAUCCAUUGUAUAAUUACCCAAUGAUAAUAUUUUAAAUACAAAAUUGCAUCUUUU